CCGAUUAAAAUUAGUUCGGUUUUGUCUGAGUUUAACAUCAAGAAGUUGCAGGUCAUCCAUGUUUUUAUGUCUUUAAGACAUGCUUGAAUUUGACCGAGUUGGUUGGUCUCCUCUGGUUUUAUCGAUAGAUAUAGUUGAGUAUCAUAUGCAUAACAAUGAAAGUUUAUGGAGUGUUUCCUGAUAAUAUUGCCCAAAGGAAGCAUGUAUAAGGCAAAUAAAAUUGGUCCAAGCACAGAACCUUGUGGAACUCCGUGACUAACGUUGGUGGUUAUCGAGGCGUCAUCGUUUACAAAUACAAACUGAGAUCGAUCUGAUAAAAAGGAUUUAAACCAACUUAGUGCGGUGCCUGAAAUGCCAAUCGACUGCUCCAGUCUCUGUAAUAGGAUGUCAUGGUCAAUGGUGUUGAAUGCAGCACUAAGGUCUAACAAGACCAGUACAGAGAUGAGUCCUUUAUCUGCUGCCAUUAAGAGGUCAUUUGUAAUUUUCACCAGUGCUGUCUCGGUGCUGUGGUGUUUUCUAAAUCCUGACUGAAACGCCUCAAAUAAACUAUUAUGAUGUAGAAAGUCACACAACUGAUUUGCGACCACUUUCUCAAGGAUCUUGGAGAGGAAGGGGAGGUUAGAGAUCGGUCUGUAGUUAGCCAACACCUCUGGGUCCAGAGUGGGCUUCUUCAGGAGAGGUUUAAUGACAGCUACUUUGAAGGAAUGUGGUACGUGGCCUGUUAACAAAGACACAUUGAUAAUAUCUAAUAGAGAGCUGCCAAUUAAAGGACUUAGUGGUCCUGUCUCCUUAUAGCGCUGGUUUACAGCAAUUGCUCAGUGUGCUCAAGGUAUGGGGUGCACUAUGAUAUCGAGUUCAACUCCAAAAAAAGGGAGAAUCAGAAGCUAAAUUUUCCUUCAUUCUUUUUGGGAGACCAGGAGCUAAAUGUGGUUCAGAAAUACAGGUAUUUGGGUCACAUCAUCAGGAACGACCUCAGUGAUGAUGACGAUGUGCAGCGGCAGUGUUGCAAACUGUAUGCACAAGCCAACAUGCUGGCACGUAAAUUUCACAUGUGUACAGAAGGCGUUAAAACUGCUCUGUUUAGAGCCUACUGUACUCCUCUAUAUACAGCUCACCUGUGGUGCAGUUAUAGUAAAGGGAAAAUGAAAAAGAUGCAGGUGGCUUUCAAUGAUGCCUUCAGAAUCCUGCUCAAGCUUCCGAGAUGGACAAGCGCAGGUCAGAUGUUUGUGAGCCGGAAUGUUCCCACUUUUCAUGCUGUUUUGAGGAAUUUUAUGUAUAAAUUAAAAUGUCGACUAAGUGUCUCAGAGAAUGUAGUUAUAAAAGCCUUGGCUGACCCAGCACUGAGUGAUACCAGGUAUUCGUCUUGUUUCUGGAAGCAAUGGAACAAAUGUUUGUAUGUUUUUUAAUCCCAAGUGAUUUUUUGGCUGCAAUGGCUGGACCGGUGUCGUAUUGUAUUUUAUAUAUUGUUGUUGUAUUUGUGUUUGUUGUUUUAUGGACCCAUGAGUCUGGAAUAAAGAUCUAUAUAUAUAUAUAUAUAUAUAUAUAUAUAUAUAAAGGCAAAACGUCUUUAAGCAGCCUCGUCGGGAUGGGGUCCAAGAGACAGGUAGACGUGGUAGGCCACAUUUACAAAUAGCCGGGUAUUUACAGAAACGAAUAUUUCUGCCCCUCCGUUUUCAAAAAUAACAUCGUACACACAAGGUCGUUUUCAAAAAAGUUUCUGUUUAUAUGAACCUGCAUAAAUACGCCCCCGGGCGCCAUCAUAACUAUGCCAAACCUGUAGUCGGCAGUGUAACGAGAAGGAUAAAGACAUGCAAACCAAUCAGAAUUCUCAAAACCAACAACAACUACGAAAAACACGAUCAACUUCCGUUUCCUUUCGAGAGUAAAUAUGGCGCGAGGUUCAUUUGUAUGGACAGACAGCGAAGUAGAGCUGCUGCUUUGAGUCGCCUUAGAUUAUAAGGCAAAUAAAGCACUCGAUAAUGUGGAUUGGGAAUCAUGCCAAACUAAAUAUAGGGAUAUGUUGGCAUUGUUCUUAGAACAGUACCCGUCCGAGACCUCCGAGGAGUAUCCUCAUGUCAAGGAGGAAAUAACUCGGGCGCACCUGACAACGAAAAUGAAGGCAGUCAGAGGAAUGUACCGGAAUGCAGUCGACACUGGACGUAGGAGCGGCCAUGGUAGAGUGGUACUUCUCUACUCCGAACUAUGUGAGCAAGUUUGGGAUGGUUCCCCUGCCACUACAACCAUCCAGUCCGGCAUCGAAACUAACGAACUGGACUCUUCCGUCGCACCUUUCCCCACCCCAUCUACCACGUCCUCGUCUGAAGUCGCGGAGCUAGAGUCUGAAGCAGAGGUAGAUGUUGAUGGCAGUGUGGCCCCCACCCCCACAGUGAAGGAGAGGAGAGCCCUGCUUCAGGCUAAACUGGAGGGACACCGGCAUGAACGGCUGAAGAGAAAGCUGCCAGCUGAGACCCAGUGGCUGAAUGCCAUUGAAGAGGACAAAGGUGUCAAGAAGAAACUGAUUGAAAUGAUCGAGACCUCAGAAAAGCAAGCAUCUGAUAAUUUCAGCAGAAUAACAGAUACACUUGAUAGGCUUACAACAUCAAUUGCUGAUGGGUUUAAUCUUCUGCGACAAGUCGUGCACACACCGCCACCACCGCCACAUUACAACAUGCCAUUUGACGGAAGAGGUCCUUAUGGACAGAUAUAUGCACACACGCCACCACUACAGUCAUUUUUCCCAAAUUCAGCACCAGUUCAGCACUCAGUCCCACCCAACUCAUCAGCUGACAAUAGAACACAGAAUGCAGGGCCACUCAGCACCAUCAACACAUCAGAUUUGACACACACACCUGUCGAGGGCAUGGGGCAGUUUUCAUUUACUCAAGCCCUUUUCAAGGAAGCUUAGUGAAUUUACCUCUGAUGGUUUAUGUCUUGAAAUACAUGUUGUGGGUUAUAUACCAUACUGGCAAGUAUCAAUUACUUGUAUUGUUUUUUUUGGGGGUGUUUAGUGUGAAAUGUUACCCCUAGCAGUUCCAAUAUUUUUGUUAACAAAGGUUACAAAUGGAUACUAUGUACAAACUAUGUGCACCACUUGUGUCAAUUUAGUUAUUCCUCUUGAAGUCUUAAGUUUACUUGAAGUAGCUUUUAUUUAUUAUUUGAAAAGUUGCACUACAGAGGCAGCUUAUUUGCACUACUACCUCUGUUUUUCUGGCUAAAUGACAAUCAGGCAUUUUGUUUGUGUGUCUUGUCAAGUGUCAGAUCUCUUCAGAAGUAAAAUGUCUGAAAACUGAA